GAUUGGGCAGUUUUCUCUCCUGAGACGUGGCGCAUCAUGUAACCCACUGCCACGACACCUUCGUGACCGGAAGAAUGCGCGUGAGUGAUAACUCCUCUUCUGCCAAUCUUGCUUCCGUUUUCUUUUCUCGUUCAUUUUCUCCGUUCGUCCGUCGACUGAGAGCCCUAGGGACAAAGAGGCUAUCCCGGAGAGACGCUCGCCGACGUCGGAGCAGCGACGUAGGCCGAAGGGAAGUCGUCCCCUCUCUCUCUGCCUUUCUUGCUUCUGCUUCCUCGUGUCCAUCUGUCUCGUUGCUAGGUUUGCAAUUGUGAAAGAUACUGUGUUAGAAGAAAUUUUAUACUUUUUACUAGUUGAAAUCAGGAAUUUUGUUGACUUGGAACGCAUACGAUGAAGAACUGUGAACGCCUUGCGAAUUUGGCCCUAGCAGGUUUAACGUUGGCACCUCUUGUUGUGAGAGUAGAUCCAAAUCUAAAUGUCAUUCUCACUGCAUGCCUCUCUGUUUAUGUUGGUUGCCAUCGGUCUGUCAAGCCAACACCCCCGUCAGAGACAAUGUCGAAUGAACAUGCUAUGCGGUUCCCAUUUGUUGGGAGUGCAAUGCUGCUAUCACUGUUCUUACUCUUCAAGUUUCUAUCAAAAGAUUUAGUUAAUGCUGUAUUGACAUGCUACUUCUUUGUACUCGGGAUUGUCGCUCUAUCGGCAACAUUGUUACCUGCAAUUAAACGAUUUUUGCCAAAGCAUUGGAAUGAAGAUGUCAUUAGCUGGCAUUUUCCUUAUUUCCGUUCUCUGGAGAUUGAGUUCACAAGGUCUCAGAUUGUUGCAGCAAUCCCUGGAACCUUUUUCUGCGCAUGGUAUGCUUCGAAGAAACAUUGGCUGGCUAACAAUAUAUUGGGCCUUGCGUUCUGCAUUCAGGGAAUUGAAAUGCUUUCACUUGGGUCAUUCAAGACCGGUGCCAUCCUGCUGGCUGGACUUUUUGUGUAUGAUAUUUUCUGGGUCUUCUUCACUCCAGUGAUGGUUAGUGUUGCUAAAUCUUUUGAUGCUCCUAUAAAGCUUUUGUUCCCAACAGCAGACUCUGCUCGGCCUUUCUCUAUGCUUGGACUUGGCGACAUUGUAAUUCCUGGUAUCUUUGUAGCGUUGGCAUUGCGUUUUGAUGUCUCCAGAGGGAAAGAUAGCCAGUACUUUAAGAGUGCAUUUUUGGGGUAUGCAGUUGGUGUGAUCCUUACCAUUGUUGUCAUGAAUUGGUUUCAAGCUGCACAGCCUGCACUUCUAUAUAUUGUACCAGCUGUCAUUGGAUUUUUGGCUGCGCACUGCAUAUGGAAUGGAGAAGUCAAACCGUUGAUGGAGUUCGAUGAGUCCAAGACUGCGACUUCGUCUAAGGAAGGAGAGGAGGAUGAAAAAUCGAACAAGAAGGUGGAAUAAGCUCAGAAAGAAGUUUUGGGUCUGAAAUACAAUUGUUUUUAUAUUGAAGAAGAGGAUCCAAAUGCCAAGUUUAACCAUGGCUUACUUAAAUGAAAUUCCUGCUAAUGCCGUUGUAACAAGCAAGAUAGAAAGAAUACAUAUGCUAGACUCGGGGCCUGUAUGCAAUCGUUGCCAAAUUUUCAUAUUGAUGGCCUUCCAACCCCACCUUGGUUGGGAAGGAAAAUAUUUUUCAACAGGAGAAAAAAACAGUCAUCUUGAUUUUU